UGCCGCCGACCCGGGCCUCGUCCCCGCAGGUCAUAAUGCUAAGCUCAGUACCAGAGCUGCAUGGCUACAUCGACAAGUCCCAGCUGACCGAGGACCUCGGGGGAACCCUGGCCUACUGCCACUCCAGAUGGCUGUGCCACCGCACGGCCAUAGAGAGCUUCGCCCUCAUGGUGAAGCAGACGGCGCAGAUGCUGCAGGCCUUCGGGACCGAGCUGGCCGAGACGGAGCUGCCCAACGACGUGCCGUCCACCCGCGCGGUGCUGCGCGCCCACACGGAGAAGAAGGGCAAGGCCAAGGACGACCUGCGGCGGGCGCUGAAGGAGGGGCACGGCAUCCUGGCGAGCCUCGGGGAGCCGCUGGCCGAGAGCGCGGCGCUCAGCCUGAACCAGGACCAGCUGGACAGCCAGGCCACCGUGCAGAGGCUCCUGGCCCAGCUGAAUGAAACUGAGGCAGCCUUCGACGAGUUCUGGGCGAAGCAUCAGCAGAAGCUGGAGCAGUGCCUGCAGCUGCGGCACUUCGAGCAGGGCUUCCGGGAGGUCAAGGCGGCCCUGGACUCGGUGUCCCAGAAGAUAGCCACCUUCACCGACGUGGGCAACAGCCUGGCACACGUGCACCACCUGCUGAAGGACCUGAGCAGCUUCGAGGCCAAGUCCAGCGCGGCUGUGGACAGGGCGCGAGCGCUGUCGCUCGAGGGCCAGCAGCUCAUUGAGAACAAGCACUACGCCGUGGACUCCAUUCACCCCAAGUGCCAGGAGCUGCAGGGCCUCUGCGACCACUUCACGGCCGAGAUCGGCAGGAGGAGGGAGCUGCUCGGCAAGGCCCUGGAGCUGCACAGCCUCCUCGAGACGUCCAUGAAGUGGUGCGAUGAGGGCAUCUACCUGCUGGCCUCGCAGCCCGUGGACAAAUGCCAGUCCCAGGACGGCGCCGAGGCCGCCCUCCGGGAGAUCGAGAAGUUUCUAGAGACCGGAGCAGAGAAGAAGAUCCAAGAGCUCAAUAAAAUUUACAAGGACUAUGAGUCCAUCCUCAACCCGGACCUCAUGGAGCACGUGCAGAAGGUCCUCCAGAAGCAGGAGAGCAUGCAGGACAUGUUCCACCGCAGGCAGGCCAGCCUGAAGAAGCUGGCGGCCAAGCAGACGCGGCCCGUGCAGCCCGUGGCCCCGCGGCCCGAAGCCCACGCCAAGUCUCCCUGCCCCUCCCCAGGCACCUGGCGAGGAUCCGAGAACACGAGCUCCGAGGGCGGCGUGCGGAGGGGCCCCUACCGGAGGGCCAAGAGUGAAAUGAGCGAGAGCCAGCAAGGCCGGGCCGGCUCCGCGGGGGACGAGGAGGAGAGCCUGGCCGUGCUGCGCAGGCACGUGAUGAACGAGCUCCUGGACACGGAGCGGGCCUACGUGGAGGAGCUGCUCUGCGUCCUGGAGGGCUACGCCGCGGAGAUGGACAACCCGCUGGUGGCCCACCUCCUCUCCCCCGGCCUGCACCACAAGAAGGAGGUGCUGUUCGGGAACAUGGAGGAGAUCUACCACUUCCACAACAGGAUCUUCCUGCGGGAGCUGGAGAGCUGCAUGGACUGCCCGGAGCUGGUGGGGCGCUGCUUCCUGGAGCGGAUGGAGGACUUCCAGAUCUACGAGAAGUACUGCCAGAACAAGCCGCGCUCCGAGAGCCUGUGGAGACAGUGCUCCGACUGCCCCUUCUUCCAGGAGUGCCAGAAGAAGCUGGACCACAAGCUGAGCCUGGACUCCUACCUGCUGAAGCCUGUGCAGAGAAUAACCAAGUACCAGCUGCUGCUCAAGGAGAUGCUCAAGUACAGCAAGAACUGCGAGGGCGCCGCGGACCUGCAGGAGGCGCUGAACUCCAUCCUGGGCAUCCUCAAGGCCGUCAACGACUCCAUGCACCUCAUCGCCAUCACCGGCUAUGACGGAAACCUCAGCGACCUGGGCAAGCUGCUCAUGCAAGGCUCCUUCAGCGUGUGGACGGACCACAAGAAGGGGCACACCAAGGUGAAGGAGCUGGCCAGGUUCAAGCCCAUGCAGCGGCACCUCUUCCUGCACGAGAAGGCGGUGCUCUUCUGCAAGAAGAGGGAGGAGAACGGGGAGGGCUACGAGAAGGCCCCUUCCUACAGCUACAAGCAGUCCUUGAACAUGACGGCCGUUGGCAUCACCGAGAACGUGAAAGGGGACGCCAAGAAGUUUGAGAUCUGGUACAACGCGCGAGAGGAGGUCUACAUCAUCCAGGCGCCGACCCCUGAGAUUAAAGCAGCGUGGGUGAAUGAGAUCCGGAAAGUGCUGACCAGCCAGCUGCAGGCCUGCAGAGAAGCCAGCCAGCACCGGAGCCUGGAGCAGAGCCACAGCCUGCCGCUGCCCGCGCCCGCCAGCACCAGUCCCAGCAGAGGAAGCACCCGGAGCACGCGGAGGCCGGAGGACAGGAAGACGGACGCGCUGAGCCUGGAGGGCUACGUGAGCUCGCCGCCGGCCAGGCCCCCCGAGAAGGGCAGAGACGAUGCUGUCUCUAACUCCACCUCUGAGAGCUCGGCGCUUUCCAUAAAGCGCUUCACGCUGCAGGGCUUUGCUAACCUCAAAGGUCAGAAAGCUUCUCCAACCAGUCCUGACAAAAAAGCUAAGAGACACGAAGUAAAGAGCGACCCGACUCCCUUUGGUUUGCGAGGCUGGAGCAAAGCGUCCCACUCGCUGGAGGGCCCCGAGGAGGACGGCGGCUGGUCGAGCGCCGAGGAGCCCGCGAACUCCUCCGACGCCGAGGAAGACGGCGGCAUGGGGCCCAAGACACUGGCGCCUGGGAGAUACACAGUCGUGGUGGACAAGGAGAAGGGGGGCCUGGAGACCCUCACCAUGAGGAGCGGGGACACGGUAGAGGUGGUGGAGGAAGGCGCCGACGGGCUCUGGUUUGUGCGGGACCUGACCAGCAGCAAGGAGGGCUGGGUGCCGGCCGGCAGCCUGUCGGCGCUCCUGGGCAAGUCCAGCUCGGCCCAGGGUCUGAGCAGCUCAGAGUCCAGCCCGGGGUCGGCUGUGCUGAGCAACUCGUCCAGCUGCAGCGAGGGCUGCCCCGCACCCUUCCCCCACCUCCAGGCCUAGGGAGCCUCGCGCCCCGCCGCCCGUGGUAGGCCCGCAUGCGAAGGUGGAGGCCCCUGCUCGGGUUUGCCACGCUGGGGGAGGGCCCCCAACCGGGAGAGCCCAGCCCACCCUUGAGCCGACGGAACCUCGGGCCUCGACACCAGGACCAC